CGGAAGUGGAGUUUGUUAACAAGAGGGGAGAAGGGGGGGAGGCUCUUCCCUAAGGCUGCCUCUUCCUCGGGUCUCCUGGCCCCGCUCUCUCACUCUCUCGCGCGCGCGCUCUCUUCCCUGGGCCCGAUGUAUCCCAGGCGCCCCGAGAGCUUCGACGGCCUGGGCUACCGGGGCGGCCGAGAGGAGCCAGGGGGCUUCGCGGCCAAGCCGGACCUAGGCCACUGGGUCAGUACCCCGCCCGACAUCCCCGGCAGCCGCAACCUCCACUGGGGGGAGAAGACCCCGCAGUUCGUCGCUGGCACCCCGUUGGGGGCGCCUGGAUUUAACGAGGACCCUUAUGCGGGAGGCGCUGCCUCCAGCUCCGAACAGCUGAAUCGGUUUGCAGGCUUUGGGAUUGGCCUGGCAAGUUUGUUUACAGAGAAUGUGCUUGCUCAUCCAUGCAUCGUUUUACGUCGACAGUGCCAGGUUAAUUAUCAUGCCAAGAAUUAUCAUCUCACUCCAUUUACAAUCAUCAAUAUUAUGUAUAGCAUCAACAAGACGCAGGGGCCCCGAGCUCUUUGGAAAGGAAUGGGGAGCACUUUCAUUGUUCAGGGCAUAACCCUUGGAGCAGAAGGCAUCAUCAGUGAAUUCACACCCUUGCCAAGAGAACUUUCAUAUAAAUGGAGUCCCAAGCAAAUAGGAGGACAUCUUAUGCUGAAAGGGUUGACCUAUGUGAUAGCAAUGCCUUUUUAUUCCGCAAGCCUAAUUGAAACUGUGCAGAGUGAAAUCAUUCGGGAUAAUCCUGGAAUUUUGGAUUGCCUAAAAGAGGGCAUAGGCAGAGCAAUGGGCUUUGGAGUGCCACACAGCAAGCGACUGCUUCCACUUCUAGCACUGACCUUUCCAACGGUUCUUCACGGAGUUCUUCAUUACAUAAUCAGUUCCACAGUACAGAAGUUAGUUCUCCUCCUUCUGAAGAAAGAGAAUUCCCCUGGCCUUGCAACAGAGCAUUCCAGUUCUGUGCAAAGCAUGUUGGAUGCUUAUUUUCCAGAACUUAUUGCCAGCUUUGCUGCCAGCCUCUGUGCAGAUGUCAUGCUCUAUCCACUGGAGACAGUUUUGCACCGCCUUCAUAUUCAGGGGACACGUACCAUCAUCGACAAUACAGACCUUGGGUAUGAAGUCCUUCCGAUCAAUACUCAAUAUGAAGGAAUGAGAGACUGUAUCAAUACCAUAAAGCGUGAAGAAGGAAUGUUGGGAUUUUACAAAGGGUUUGGGGCUGUAGUUGUACAGUAUACAUUGCAUGUAGCUGUACUACAGCUCACUAAAAUUCUGUACUCUACAUUGCUUCAGAAUGUUCCCUAAAAGCUGAUGGAGGCUUAUUUUCCUUUCAAGUGGUCACCUGAAAGGUCAUGCUUUCAGAAGCUAGAUAAGUGUGUGAAAUCUGAGAGAUUCAAAUUCACAGUGAUGGUUUCUUUUCUUGGCACCUAGAAUGUUCCUCUGUAAACAGAUAUACAGGUUUCUUGAUGUAAUUUUCACAUUACUUGAUCAAAGGAAAAAAUGAAAUGUGAAAGCCUAUAAGGGGCUUUUAAAACAUGGAAUGUAAAUAAACUGUUUGAAAAUAUUUUAUAAAUCUGUACUACAACGUGGAAGGUACAAUUUUCAGAUUGGUAUUGAUAGAGCUUAGCCACAAUCCUUCUGGCAAGUUUUCUUCCAUAAAUUCUUGUCUCUUCUGAAAGAGACUUGUACCUGAAGAUUGUGUCUUAGUUUUUAUCAGUAUCCUGAACUGAGAAUUAUCUUGACUGUAUCUGAAUGCUGUUAGAAACCACGGAACUCCAACAUUUUUGUUUGAAAGGCUUUUCAUGUAAUUGCCGCAACAAGGAUUGAGGGCCUAAUAUUUUCAAAAACCGCUGUGGUCGAGAAUGUGAAUAUAAAAGGCCUUGCUAUUCAUAGUUUCCCACAUCAGAUUUCUUUUAACCUACACCCAUAAUGUUGAUCUCUUCAUAGCUGUCUGAAGAAAUAUUAGUGGUACACAGAGAAAAUCCUAAAGAAAGAUACCUUGUAGUUGAACGUGCUCCAUAUAAUUACCGAAAAAAGUCUUGGUUACAGAUGGGCCCACACUUUAUACAUAUAGAAGGACAACAGAUAUGUGAAUUAAAGGAGAAAAAGUCAUAUAAGUAAGUAAGAUGCAUUGGAUAACCAGCACUAUCACUUUAAGAAUACUUGAAAGUAAGUUUUACUAAAAUCAAAUUAAUUUUAUUUUAAGCGACAGUGUUCUGAAUGAGGUAUGUCAUGUAUUUAAGAGAUCUUUAUGGGUUUUUGUGCACGUGUGUCCUAAUCAUGAUCCUUAAUUAUUGCUUGUUUUCAAAUCUCAUUCAAAGUAGAAAAACAUUGCUUGCCUUUUAUAUUGCUCAUUACCAGCACAACUCACUCCAAGAUUGAAGUUCCUCUCAAAUAAAUUUGGCUGAAUCUGGUAAUCUCUGUAUUUUAAGCAAAACAAUCUAUUGUCCUCACGUGCAGUUUCAGCUAUUUAAAUCCUUGCUUGUUAAAAUGGAAUAGGUGAUUGUAGAGCAGAGCUGUCGUGCCCAUCAGUAUAAUAUGCAACUACUGAACUUUAAUAUAUAACUUUUAUUUUGUUAUGAAAAUGUCAAGAUUUGGCUUCAUGAAAACCAGUUCUGAUCUUAAUCUAAUGGAGGUGUAUAGAAGGAAACGUUUUUAAUGUGCAGUAGCAUGCUAAGGAAACAAAACUUGUGAAAAGUUCCUGCCUCUCACAUAAACUAACAUGUGUUGUAAGAUACUCGGUAUAUCUAUGUGAAUCUAGUAAACUAACGUUCAAAUUCCAAGUCAUACAUAAAAGUCCUCUUUUGCUGUACUGAAGUUGUUAUAUACACAAUGAACAACUCUGACAUAAGGGGCGCCCUAUGAAAGAAUAAUGUGCUUCUCUUGCUUGCCAUUAGUUGACUUUUGGGGGCCUCUUAAACACUGAAGUUGUUAGAAAUAAAGGUGCAAGAUAGCUUAA